CCACUGUGAAAAUUAGUUGUAAAUGUGAAAUUUAAGUAUCACCAAAUUAUCUGUAAUUUAUCUUGAAUCGAUUUAUCUUGGAAAAUAUCUUGAGUUUGCGGUGAAUUAAUUAUCGUUAUGUCAACUAAAAUAUGUGCUAACUGUUAACAAAAGCCAUCAAAAAUGUCUCUGGAACGUGACUCUGUGGGCAUUGCACCGUCUGUAGGUGCGCUGAGCAUGCCAAGUGUCCCCGUGUCGGGUACCGACCCUCGGUCACAGCUAUUGCAAGAGAUGAGAGAACAGAAUUUUGAUUUAAUCCGAUUCGCAUCCUACCGGACAGCGUGUAAGCUGAGAUAUGUGCAGAAGAAGUGCAAUUUGCAUGUAAUCGACAUAUGGAAUGUAAUAGAAGCAUUCAGAGAGAAUGCUCUCAACACACUUGAACCCACCGCAUGUGUAAACGUUACUCGGCUAGAGACACUUGUGUCUUCACUGUACCACAAUUUGAACAAACGACUACCACCUGUUCAUCAAGUGUCUGUUGAAGCUUGUUCGGCGCUCUUGUUGAAUUGGUUGCUGUCCGCUUACAGUACUGGGGAUAAUGUGGGCAAGAUCCGAGUGUUUUCGAUAAAAGUGGCGUUGGCGACUAUGUGUGCUGGAAAACUCAUGGAUAAACUUCGGUAUAUUUUCUCUCAGCUGUCAGACGGCAAUGGCCACCUGCUGAUGAAGCGCCUCUCCGAUUACCUUCGUGAAGUCCUAGCGCUACCUGCUGCGGUCUACGAGUCACCUAGCUUCAACUACAACGAUUCACUUGCUCUUACUAUGUUCAAUCAGAAUACCAAGAUAACAGUGAACGACUUCCUGGACACCCUGAUGUCGGAUCCAGGGCCCCCGUGUCUCGUGUGGCUGCCUCUUCUACAUCGGCUUGCGAGCGUUGAGAAUGUGGUCCACCCUCUAGCGUGCAGCGCGUGCCGCCGCAGCUCCUUGACAGGCUUCCGCUACCGCUGCUCACGAUGUACCAACUACACGUUGUGCCAGGACUGCUUCUGGCGCGGGCGUGUCUCGGGUACUCACACUAACGAACAUGAGGUCAAGGAAUAUGCUGCUUAUAAAUCACCUUCGAAACAGAUCGGUGCUACUCUCCGCAAAUCAUUUCGUUGCGUGCCUGAGCGUGCGCGCCCGCAGUUACCGCGGUAUCCCGACCAGCCAGAGAGGACGCUCAACCUAAGCCAUAUCGUGCCGCCAUCACCGGUUCCAGCACAUAACGGGUUCCCAGAGUACGCAGGCGGCUACGUUAAUACGGGCUCACUUGACUCAAGAUCUUCGCGCUCUACGCAUCGCAGUAUAGUGGAACACCUGUCUCGUGGAGUAGACGACGAGCAUCGUCUCAUAGCGAGAUACGCGGCGCGAUUGGCACAGGAGAAUCGUACAAUGCCUCGUGCCGGGAGGUCGGCAUCACUCACACCCGAAUUGGGUCGAUCGUCGUCUGAAGGCUCGGACGUGGACGCGGCGCGGCAGCAGCGCGAGCUCAUCUCUCAGCUUGAAGCCAAAAACAGGGAGAUCAUGCGCGAAAUCGCCAGGCUUCGACGUCAACAAGAAGCGGAAUCAUCAGACGGCGUCCGCCCCGGCGGGGGGGCUCCCCCUCUCGUGUCCGAAUUACGAGCGCUGCGCGCGCGCAAGGAUGAGCUAGAGGGACACCUUUCCAGCUUGCAGGAGUCACGGAAGCACCUCAUGCAGCAGUUGGAAGGACUCAUGAGGAUGUUGAAGACGCAACAAUCAUCCCCUCGGUCCACCCCCAACUCGUCUCCUCGGUCGACAAAGAGUCCCCCUCUUCCGGGUGCGCAGCCGCAGCCCAGUGCGCCCGCGCCCGCUCCGGAGAGCAGGGAAAGAGAACCCCCGAUGCGAGGUACAGCCCGCAGUGCGCCGCAAACCCCAUCUCUCGGCGAACGAGAAAGAAUCGACAUGACACACAGUCUCGGUGGAAUGGAGAGCAUGGGCAACGAUGGACGAAAUUUCCAUCCGCACCAACGACCUACCACCAUGGGUAUAGACAACAGGGGCCUACGUAGCGAUCUUCUCUAUGCAGCGGAUUCAGUAACGAACGCCAUGUCCACCCUCGUUCGAGAACUUAACUCAGAGGGGUCCGACACUGAGGACACCGUGAAGGGGCAUGCUGACUCCAGAAAACAGAGAAAUUUUGAAGAGGACGAAGAUAGCGACGAGCCGAUGCCGCGACCGCAGCCACCUCGACAUUAUAUUCACGACAACAACGUACAGAGCAUGGCAUCUAGUGUUAAAACACAUUCCUAAAUUGGUUUUAAAGAUUGCUUCAGGACACCCCCCCACCCCUGCCGGCGCGCACAGGGCAUUAUUACGCGCGUCCGCCGCCAUAGCUGCCCCCCCGCCCUGCGCCGCCUGCGCCCCCGCGCCGUUCCAGCGCUGACCUCACCCCCCUAAUGUAAUAUAAGCACUUUUUCAUACCCUUUGUAUGUUUAGGUCUCUUUAGGGUGGUUGUAAUUAAGCUAAACUGUACAUUUGAUUCAUUUCUCUUUUAGUCACCAUCUUGCCACUCGCGUAUGAAAGGAAAAUUUCUAUCCAUUUCAUACACCGGUGACCUAUUGGGAAUAAAAAUUUCUAUUUAUAUCCUUUAACUGAAUAAAAAAUCGUUGUCACCUUUAUGCAAAUAUCAAUAUAUUAUAUAUAAAUGAAAACUACACGCAGUAUUGUGCCGAGUAUAGUUAAACCACACUACGUUUUUUUCCAAUUGAAUAAUGUAGUAUUCAAAUGGGAAAAUCUAUUCCUAAAUUAUCAGCACCUCUGAUAGCAAUUUUCGUAGUCUCUAACGACCGCAUUAAAAAAUCGUAUGAAAAUGUUUAUUAUCGUAACAGCCAGGGGCGACAUACAUUUUGCUAUAGAAAAUUCUACGUGGUGUUAGCGACUGGCAAUACUGAAAACUCAAUUUUCGCUGGAAUUGUGGUGAAAUGAAGAAAGUAUACCUUAAGCGUAUCGUCAUAAAUUCAUGGCGGACGCUUGAGAUUUGGGCUUAGGUGUACAGUCUCCUUAUCAUGUGUACUUAUUAUAUGGUUAACCUACUAGAUUAACUAAAAUAAGUUAUUAAGUAUUUAUAACGAACUUGUUGUUGAUAUGGUGGCGUAAUUACUUAAUGAUGUUACCACGUAUUUUAUUUUUACGUAAUGGAGAUUGUCGACAGAGACGCCUUCAUGCGUAUUAUGUCGUGCCUGCGGGUUAAAAAAAAACUACUUACCAUUGACAGACUGCUAUAUUAAAAUGCGGAUUAACACUCAUUACACUGAAUUGAGAAUCGCAACCGCAUGUCAUUAAAAUGAGGAAGAA